AUGUCGGUGACCGGCCCUUCGGCGAACAUAACGGCCAUCGAGCGCCUAUCGGAGCUCGAGCUGCAGCAGGGGAUCAUAGGACCAUCGUCGUGGCACCACCAGUACAAGGAUUCCUGCUAUAUCUACAUCGGCGGAUUAGACAAGCGCAUGACGGAAGGUGAUAUCGUCAUCGUCUUCUCGCAGUUCGGAGAGCCCAUCGACGUGCAUCUAAAGCGCGAUCGGAAGACAGGCGCAUCGCUCGGGUACUGCUUCCUGGGCUACAAGGACCAGCGCAGCACCAUCCUGGCGGUCGACAACUUCAACGGCUGCACGCUGCUGGGCAGACGCAUACGCGUGGACCACGUGCUGGACUACAAGGCUCCAGUGGAAUACGAGGACGAGGAGGAUGACGAGGGGAACAAGAUUCGCAAGGAGUAUACUCCCACGGGCGCCGAAGGCCAGGGUAUUGGAAAGUACUACGUGACCUCUAGCGAAGCGGUGCUGCGCGAGGCACACCACCACCGUCCCAAGCCGCAAAGCAACCCUCAGGACAACCUGGAUGAGGACGAGCGAUGGGCUCAAGAAUUCGAGGCAUCGUUGCGGAAAGACAGUACGCCCGACGAUGACGCGAAAAAACAUGACCGACGAUCGUCAUCGCGUAGUAGACACCGCCACCGCGAAAGGUCACGUGAAAGACACAGGAAAAGGGAGGACCGGGAGAGGCGACGCAGCAGGAGCCGCGACCGCUCCAGGCACGAGCACCGCAGUGACAGACGCGACCGCCACCGGGACAGCAGACGUUAUCGAUAA